AUGGAAGAUGUCAUGUCAACUAUCGACGAUCCCAAUAUUGUUCUUGAAACUUUGGUUGAUCAUUCUUCUUAUAUGAAGAAUAAGCCAUUGGAAAAACAACCAACUGAAAACAAAAAGUCAACUACUUCAAAGCCAGUGAAAGUUGCCUCAAAGAGGACAAAUGCAGACUAUGGCAUUAAUCAGAGGACGACGUUCAUCGAUCGUAUGAUCGAAUUACCUGUGGGACAGAGGUAUGCCGCUGUGGUCGGGAGAGAAUUAGGUGUCGAAGAACGAACUGCUCAGCGAUGGUGGAGAAGCUACGAAGAGACUGGUGAAGUGCCGAUCAAAAAAUCAACCAGAAAUCCAGGACGCCCAAACAACUUCACAGAGGAACACAAAGCUCACGUCUUGGACCUCGUUGAUGACGAUCCACAGGUUACUGUUUGUGAUGUAGUUGAAAGUUUGACUAAAUCCUUUGAGGAUUUUUCGCUUACAAAAUCAGCCAUUCAUAAGCACAUGAACGAAACUUGUAACCUGUCAGUCAAAAAACCACAUUUCGAGUCUGAGAAACGCAAUAGUCCUGAAAACCUACAAGAGAGAUACGAGUGGUUUAUGAAAUGGAAGGAUUCAGAUGCUGACUUCACGAAAAACUGUAUUUUC